GCGUGCGUUAAAGCAGCGAGCGAGCAGACGCGCACAGGUGAAAUCAUUGUACAGAGACUCGGGCAGUGUGAGAGCAGAGGUGCUGCGAGGGAGAUAACAGAAGCAUGGUACAGCAGACAGAGAACUGCGAGACGGAGAGUUUGUCCAGAGAGGCGACCGACUCUGACGAAAGCGAGUUUAUGGCGUGCAGCCCGGUGCCCGGCUCCGAGAUGAACCCAGACUGGUGCAGGACAGCCACCGGCCACAUCAAGCGGCCCAUGAACGCGUUUAUGGUAUGGUCCAAAAUCGAGCGGCGAAAGAUCAUGGAGCAAUCGCCGGACAUGCACAACGCAGAGAUCUCCAAGCGCCUGGGCAAACGCUGGAAAAUGUUGAAGGACAGCGAGAAGAUCCCGUUCAUCCGCGAAGCCGAGCGGUUACGCUUAAAGCACAUGGCAGACUACCCUGACUACAAGUAUCGUCCGAAGAAAAAACCAAAGCUGGACAGUAAAUCGUCCAAAUCGGCCUUGUCUCCUGAGAAGUCGUGCGCAAAGGUGCCGAAAAGCGGCAAUAACAAGAAGUGUCCCAAACUGAAGACGAGCAAGUCUGGAAGCAAGUACGCAGAUGAUUACGCGUACAAGAGUGCCAAAGUGGCAAAAAUCGUGAAGAGUGAGUUCACGGAUGAUGAUGACGAUGACGACUACGAAUACGAGGAGGAGAGGACGCGGGCGCGCUUAAAGGACCUGGACGACGAGGAGCAGGCUCGCGCAUACGGUGCGGCUAAAGUUCCCGCCAGUCCCACGCUGAGCGCCGGCGCGGACACGGAGACCGCCAGCAUGUACGAAGACGCGACGCGGAGCUCAGCGCCACACAGCGCGCGCCUCUAUUACAACUUCAAGAACAUCACCAAGCAGAGCGCGCCGUGCGCCGCCGCCUCCUCCUCCUCCUCUUCCUCCUCUUCCCCGGGCUCGGCGCGCUCCGUGUCCACAUCGUCCAGUUCGAGCGACGAAUCGGACGACCUGCUGUUUGACUUUAGCCUCAAUCUAGCGGCGGCGUCGCAGUGCUCCGAGUCAGGUGGCCUCGCUUCAAAUCUCUCCCUCUCUUUAGUGGAUAAAGACUUGGACUCGUUCAGUGAAGGCAGCCUAGGCUCGCACUUUGAGUUUCCCGACUACUGCACACCCGAGCUGAGCGAAAUGAUCGCCGGCGACUGGCUCGAGAAAAACUUUUCCGACCUGGUGUUUACGUACUAAAACUGUAAUUAAGAUGGAGUGGAGAAAGAAAGAGAGAGAAAAAAAAACAAACCCGACGUGUCAUGUACACGUUUGUUUGUUGUGAUCCUCCAUCACCUGAUGGGUGUUAGCCUGCUUAGCAGUUUGGGGGAAAGGCGAGGAGGAGGAGGAGGAGGGUCGGAGGAGUAGAUGCGUAUGAAGAAGGGUACUUUAGGCAAAGAAAGGAAGUAAAAGACAGAAGAAAACGUAAAUAAAAACAUACUUUUUUUCUGGCAGCAUGACAGGGUUUUUUCUGUAGGUCUACAAUAUAUUGAUCGACUACAGUCGGGUCGCAAUGGGGAAAAAUCUGAGAACUUCUAUGCAUCUUUAACCCUCUUUAUAACUGCAGGGAGAUGAACACAUUAAGACUGUGGACUGACGCGAAGCGAAUCUGUGAACUUUUUUUUCCCACUGUUCAUUCAGGACGCCAACUUAAGAAAAACACGGUCGUUUCUGUUCUUUCUGAAAAGGUCUUCUUUUUGCGUUUUUAUACCCGAUUCUCGUUUACUUACCGGUGUGAACCUUAAAGCAGCCUAUUUUAAUCCUCUCUGGAGUCACAGGUGGCGGAGGACUCGUUUUGAUACAUAAACAGACCUCAUGUUUUUAAAAGAAAGCAAACUAUUUUCAGGCGUAUUUUUGUACAGUGCAAAAGAAAAAAAAACAUAAGGGAAUGUUCUUUACCGCGCUCAGUGAGUUUCAGGCACUUCUUUCCCACAUCAGUUUGUCUGAGCAUGCAAAAGCGAGUCCCAGAUCAAUUCAGACUCGACUCAGCAAUGCCUUGUGAUUUGCAGCUUUGUUUAUUUGUUUAGUUUUCUUUUUGUUUCUUUUUUUUUGUACAGUUGUAGAUCAGAUUUGUCCAGUAUUUGUAGAACAUAAUGGCAUUUGUGAGGGAGAGAGUGAGUAAGAAAGAGUGAGAAAGUGAUGUACCUCCAUGCUGGUACUAGUUUCCAGAUUGUAUAUGUACUGUAAAAUAGUCAAAGUUAGGAGUUUAUGUAUAUCAUACUCGUGAUAUGUGGAUGGGUCCCAAAUCGCAGGUGUGAAACUGGAUUUUUUUUUUUAUAUAAUAAUAAUUAUUAUUAUUAUUUGUUAUGGCACAUACUGUUUCCCCUUCAUUUUUUUUGUUUUGUUUGUGCAAUAUAUUUACUUGUAAAUGCAGACCAUCUACAUUUUUAUAGUAGCAAAUGGUGGCCAGGCAGACAUGUGGGCUGUGAACAAUAUGAUCUGUCACCAUGCUGAAGUCUGUCUUUAUAGUGAUAAGGAAAGUAAUCAGCUGGAACUGAUGGAAAAGAAAUUGAAAAUGACCACGUGACACAAUACAUUACUGUGGAGAAAAAAGUAAAUAAAAUCAGUAUACCUCUAAAAACAUUUGAUUUACUACAAGAUGUCUAUAAAAAAUGGCCCCUUUUAAAACAAUAAUAAAUAAAAAAGAAAAUUGGCAGGUAUUGAUUGUAGGUGAGCUGGCUAAAAAAAAGUCAAGCAAGCAAAAGAAAAAAAAAGUACAUUCCAUAUCCUUGUUUCAUAUGAUGGAACGUUUUAUGUUCAACGUAAGACUGCCUUCUUUUCUAAACGCAACCAUAGACAUGUAUUUUUUUGGUUUCUUGCACUUAAGCAGAUUUUGUUUAUUUGAUGUGGGUCUUACAUGAAGUCUGUUUUUUAUAUGUGUUUGGGAAUGUGAAAACUGGGAGAAGUGGUGACGCAUUGAGCAGCAGUUGCCUCACAUUCCAAGUGUGAAUCUCUUUGACUCAUGUUUUAAUAAAUAAAUAUCU